AUGAAACAACUCAAACAAGUGCACGCGCAUAUGUUGAGAAAUGGCACCAACUUUACAAAAUUCUUGAUCACCAAGCUCCUGGAAAUUCCUCAAAUUGGAUACGCCCACAAGGUGUUCGACAAUACGCCCCAACCAACACUCUUCCUCUACAACAAGCUCAUCCAGGCCUACGCUUCUCACGGACCUCAUUUCCACUGUUUCUCUCUCUAUACCCAAAUUCUUCUUCGUCGUCGCUGCUUGUCCCCCAAUCCACACACCUUCGCCUUCCUCUUUACCGCCUGCACUGCUCUGUCCAAUCCUUCCCAAGGCCAGAUGCUCCACUCCCAUUUGGUUGAAUUCGGGCUCGAUGGCGAUGUCUACGCAAUUACAUCGUUGGUCGACAUGUACGCUAAGAUGGGUCUGCUGCCGCUCGCGAGGAAACUGUUUGAUGAAACGACUGCUAAGGAUGUGGCCACUUGGAAUUGCUUGAUCGCUGCGCAUACUAGACGCGGGGAUUUGGAGGAAGCUCUGCGUUUGUUCUCAGCUAUGCCGUCGAAGAAUGUGAUUUCAUGGACUGCUCUGAUAUCGGGGUACUCACAGAACGGUAAAUACAGGGAGGCAUUGGAGAUGUAUCUGGAAAUGGUGAGGGAGGGAAAUGUGAAGCCGAAUGAUGUUACCAUAGCAAGUGUUCUUCCGGCGUGUGCGAAUCUCGGGGCAUUGGAGGCUGGACGGAGAAUCGAGGCUUAUGCUCGAGCUAAUGGUUACUCGAACAAUCCAUUCGUCUGCAAUGCCGUGCUGGAGAUGUAUGCAAGAUGUGGUUUAAUCGAGGAAGCAAUGCAGGUGUUUGAUCAAAUUGGUGGAAAUAGAAAUUUAUGUUCUUGGAACACCAUGAUCAUGGGGUUAGCUGUCCAUGGAAGAUGGGAGGAUGCUCUCGAUUUUUUUGAUCAAAUGCUGAGAAUAGGGUUGAAUCCAGACGACGUAACAUUUGUCGGCGCAAUCCUUGCGUGCGUGCACGGGGGCAUGGUUAAGAAAGGGCGCGACAUGUUCAAUUCCAUGGAGAAAAGGUAUUCAAUUAGUCCGAAGAUAGAGCACUACGGAUGCAUGGUUGAUCUUCUUGGCCGUGCCGGAUGUCUGCGUGAAGCUUAUGAGCUGAUAAAGAGUAUGCCAAUGGCUGCUGAUUCGGUGGUGUGGGGAGCAUUGCUCGGGGCAUGCAGUUUUCACGGCGAGGUUGAGUUAGCUGAGAAAGCUGCGGAGGCACUGUCUGUGCUGGAGCCAUGGAAUGUUGGGAAUUAUGUGAUCCUUUCGAAUAUUUAUGCGAAAGCUGGGAGAUGGGAAGGAGUUGCGAAGAUGAGGAAGAUGAUGAAAAGAUCGAGCGAUGCAAAAGCAGCAGGGCAUAGCUUGAUCGAGGAAGGAGGAGGCAGAAUCCAUAGAUUCUUUGUGGAGGAUAGGUCUCAUCCGAGAUGCAGACAGAUAUUUGCAGUGUUGGAUCAUGUUACAGAUGAAAUUAGAUUUGAUCAUGGAAAAUUGAUGAGCUUGAAUUCCAUUAUUGAGGAAAUAGAAAUCAUGGAACUUGCAGCUUGAUUAAUUACCUUUGCACUUGUUUGUGUUGCAUUAUUAUU